AUGGAUGAAGCAAAACUAGAAGUGGCAGAAAUCGUCUCCUACCUAAAAGAUGCCGAAAAAUAUUCUCGUCUCGGUGGCCGCCUUCCAAAAGGUGUUCUUCUCGUCGGACCGCCUGGAACCGGAAAAACUCUGUUAGCUCGUGCAAUUGCUGGCGAAGCACAAGUUCCAUUCUUUCACACAUCAGGCAGUGAAUUCGAUGAGGUUUUAGUUGGACAAGGAGCCAGAAGAGUGAGGGAUUUAUUUGAGAAGGCAAAAGCUCGUGCACCUUGUAUUAUUUUUAUUGAUGAAAUUGAUUCGGUUGGAUCGAAAAGGGUUUCGAAUUCGAUACAUCCAUAUGCUAAUCAAACUAUUAAUCAAUUGCUCAGGUUAGAAUUUUUCGGGGGGUUUUUUAAUUUUGAAGACAUUUUAAGCUUCUUGCUCAAAAAUCUAGCACAGCAAAUUUUUCACUACGCAUUUUCUCAUUGCACAAUUUCACGUGUCGCUACAGUAUUUUCGCAAAAAAAAUGUCUUUUUUUGUGUUUUUUUUCACAAAAAAUGUGUUUUUGAAGCCGAAACCGAAAGAAACAUGCUCAAACUACAUUUUUAGAAGUAGUUGAUAAUUUUUCAAGUAGUAAUAGUUUUUUGAAUCAAAAGUUUAUUGUCUUUCCUGGGAAAAUCGAGAAAAAUAUGGAGAAACGUCAUUUUGAGCGGAAUUAGGAGAUUAAUAAGCAAUUAUCUGUCUUCCGGACCUCCCUCAACCCUUCUUUGCUCAAUUCUGAUAGUGAAAAAUCAACUUUUCCCUGAAAUUCGGGUUCAAAUCCUCAAAAAACGAGUAAAAACAGGAUUUUAUUAGGCUCCGCCCAGAUGUGUGUGCCGCGUGAAAAACACAUUCUGCAAUGAUUUUUUAUUUGAGGUCACGUAGAAAAAAAUUUGCUGUGAUCUAGGCUCCGCCCCUUUUCCUGCAACCCUGGCACAGUUUUUUCAGUCGAAAAUUAGGAAAAUCUAGUUUUUUGCAAUCCUGGCACAGUUUUUUAGUCGAAAAUUAGGAAAAUCUAGUUUUUUGCAAUCCUGGCACAGUUUUUUCAGUCGAAAAUUAGGAAAAUCUAGCUUUUUGCAAGCCUGGCACAGUUUUUUAGUCGAAAAUUAGGAAAAUCUAGCUUUUUUCAAGGCUGCCACGGUUUUUCUACUGAAAAUUGACAGAAAAUAAGCUCCGCCCCUUUUUUUGCAAUCCUGGCAUGGUUUUUCAGUCGAAAAUUAGGAAAAUCUAGCUUUUUUCAAGGCUGCCACGGUUUUUCUACUGAAAAUUGACAGAAAAUAAGCUCCGCCCCUUUUUUUGCAAGGCUGGCAUGGUUUUUCUAUCGAAAAUUAGGAAAAUUUAGCUUUUUGCAAGGCUGGCACAGUUUUUUAGUCGAAAAUUAGGAAAAUCUAGCUUUUUUCAAGGCUGCCACGGUUUUUCUACUGAAAAUUGACAGAAAAUAAGCUCCGCCUUUUUUUUGCAAGGCUGGCAUGGUUUUUCUAUCGAAAAUUAGGAAAAUCUAGCUUUUUGCAAGCCUGGCACAGUUUUUUAGUCGAAAAUUAGGAAAAUCUAGCUUUUUUCAAGGCUGCCACGGUUUUUCUACUGAAAAUUGACAGAAAAUAAGCUCCGCCCCUUUUUUUGCAAUCCUGGCAUGGUUUUUCAGUCGAAAAUUAGGAAAAUCUAGCUUUUUUCAAGGCUGCCACGGUUUUUCUACUGAAAAUUGACAGAAAAUAAGCUCCGCCUUUUUUUUGCAAGGCUGGCAUGGUUUUUUAGUCGAAAAUUAGGAAAAUCUAGCUUUUUUCAAGGCUGCCACGGUUUUUCUACUGAAAAUUGACAGAAAAUAAGCUCCGCCCCUUUUUUUGCAAUCCUGGCAUGGUUUUUCAGUCGAAAAUUAGGAAAAUCUAGCUUUUUGCAACCCUGGCAUGAUUUUUCUAUUGUAAAAACACAAACAAAAUUCUGAAAAAAUAUUUUUUCUCUAAAAUCAAAUUGCCACGUCAUAACUCGAUUUUUGUUUCCAGUGAAAUGGGCUACAGAAAAACUUCAAAGUUCCAAGAAAAAAAUCCAAACUAGAGUUUAGUUCGAGCUUUUUCGAUUUUUGCAGCCAGAAAAUCGGGUGUUAAUGAGGAGCAUCGUAGUUUUUUGUUCUCACAUUAAAAAUUUGAAUUUUUCAUUUUUGCGCAGAAUUUUUGUUCUUGAGAGCUCUCUAGUUUUCAGGAUUUUCCAUAUGAAAAUCUAGAAAUUCCCCGAUAUCAUUAUACAUCAUUUUGUAGCUCUUGAAAUUCUCUACAAGCUGAGUCUAAUCAUAUUUAGGCUAACUCAAAAAUCCCGGACAAAAAACGGGUUUUCUAAGUAUUAUAAUUUCUCUUCCAUUUUCCAGGAGAAAUUAGUCACAAUAUUUCAUUUUAUUCAAUUUAAUUUGUUUUUAUUUUCGCUGUCCACAACAAUAAUAACAAUUAUCCAUAAUAAUGCAAAAAUGGAGGCGAGAGAGAGAGAGAGAGUGUGGAGAAGUGAGAGACGCAGAGUGCGCAGAGGGAGAGGAGAGGGUGCACGUGAUUUUGUCCCUCUUUUUCUCCACCCUCUUUUUUCCAUGGCUUUUUUUUGUUGGAUCUGUGCCAAAAGCGCUUUUUUGGCGCCAAAAAUGCUGUAUUUGUUUUGCUCUUCAAAUUUUCACAAAUUCACAUAAUUUUUCUGUGUAAUAUCCGUUUUCCCCCCGAAAAAUUGGGAAUUUUUUCGAAAAAUUGGGAAUUUUUUCGAAAAAUUGCUAAAAAUGGUCUCAAAAUACGGUAUUUUCGCUGGAUUUUGCUGAAUUUUCAAUUGAAAUUUGAAAUUUCAGAAGUCGAAAAUCGAUAUUCUUCGUAUUUGGAAGCCAGGCGAGCUUAUCUUGACGAAAAAUCUGAGGAAAUUCAGGAGGAGGAAGAAGAGCCCAAGAUUUAUUUUACACGGAAAACUAGUGAGUUUUUUGGCGCCACGUGGAUUUUUAAAGAAUGAAGAUAUCUAAACUAGAGUCUAGUUUAGAGCAUUUUUUCAAAAAAAAAAUUUUCAAAUUCAAUUUUUUCGCGCGCAUCCCAAUUUUUUCGGAUUUUUGGUGGGUGCAAACAAAUUUAUGAAUAAAUAAUAGAAUUCAAAAUUUUUGGCAUUGUUCCAAAUUUUCUUCUUUCUUCUUUUAUUCCACCAAAAAUGUCAGGUGGUGUGAAUGAAUAUUUUAAAUAAAUAAUAUUGAAUUUCUCUUUUUCUCUCCACAUAUUUUCGAUACUUUUUCACUUUUGCUAAGAUUUUUCAUCAAAAAAUUUGAAUUUCCCGCGAAAAAUUGGGGUUUUAAUGAUGCCAAGAAUUACAGUAACAAAACUAGAGUUUAGUCUAAAUUUUUAAAAAUUUCUGAAACUAGACUCUAGUUUUGUAAUUCAUUUUUGACGUCAAACAUUUUGAAUUUAUAUUUUUUCAAAAUUUUCCUGCCAAGAAAACUAGAGUCUAGUUUAAUUUCCUCUAAUUUUCAAGAAUUCUGUUUAGAAAUCCACGUGGCAAAACUAGACUGUAGUUUUGUAGAUAUCUGGAAAUUCAUUUUUGACGUCAAAAAUUUUUUUUCAAAAUUUUCCCGCUAAAAACUACAGUAAUAGCAAAACUAGAGUCUAGUUUAUCUUCAUUCCUUUGAAAAUUUCAUCUGUUUAUAAAUCCACGUGGCAAAACUAGACUCUAGUUUUUUUUUAAAUUUUUGAAUUCAAAAUUUUCCCUCCCCGCAUAAUUUUCCUAUUUACCCAAUGCAUCUAAUCCAUUUGUAACUCCAAAAGUAAACAAAAUUUUUUUUCGAAAAAAAAAAUUAAUUUCAGGAUUAAAAUUCGGAAAUUUUUUCUUGCGCACUCAUUUUUCAUUUUUCCCGGAACUCAAAAUUUUUUUAAUGUUUUCCCCCAAAAUUCUAACUUUUCAGCAUGGUUUCCAACAUUUCCACAAAACUUUUUGGCGCCAAAAAAAGUAAAACAGGUUGGUUUUUUCCAAAAUUUCUGGACAACUAGAGUCUAGUUUCGUUACUGUAGUUUUUUGGCGCCUGAAAAUCAAUCAAUAAUAUUUUUUCCCGCUUGUGCUCAUCACAUGAGUUUUCCUUGCUCUAGAAAAAAAGUUGUUUGUUUUUUCUUUCAAAUUUUCCUUUCUUUCUUUUCUUUUCCUGUGAAAAAGAAUGCUCCAACAAGAAAAAGAGCACAAAAACUUUUGUGAGCAAAUAAAAAAAUUGUCUUUUAUUUUCAGUUAGCUCAACUCCGUCUUCCCAACCAUCAUCAAAGGCUAGAGAAAUGGUUCUGAUUCCAACUGUUACUGUACAGGAGGUGAGAAAAACUGUGCCAGGAUUGCAGAAAAGGGGCGGAGCUUCAAAUUUCACAGCAAAAUUUUUAAUUAUCGAAAAAAAACUGUGCCCUGAAAUUGCAAUUUUUUGGAACAGAAGGUUUUUUGUGCGAAAUUUGAAAAUUCAAAAAAUUUAGGUAAUCUUUGGCGCGAAAUUUGAAUUUUCAAAUUUAAAAAACACUGUGCCAGGCUUGCAGAAAAAAAGGGGCGGAGCUUCAAAUUUCACACCAACAUUUUUAAUUAUCGAAAAAACUGUGCCCUGAAAUUGCAAUUUUUUGGAACAGAAGGUUUUUUGGCGGGAAAUUUGAAUUUUCAAAUUCAAAAAAACACUGUGCCAGGCUUGCAGAAAAUGGGCGGAGCUUCAAAUUUGAUAGCAAAAUUUUUAAUUAUCGAAAAAAAACUGUGCCCUGAAAUUGCAAUUUUUUGGAACAGAAGGUUUUUUGCGCGAAAUUUGAAAAUUCAAAAAAUUUAGUUAAGCUUUGGCGGGAAAUUUGAAUUUUCAAAUUAAAAAAACACUGUGCCAGGCUUGCAGAAAAGGGGCGGAGCUUCAAAUUUCACAGCAAAAUUUUUAAUCAUCGAAAAAAAAACUGUGCCCUGAAAUUGCAGUUUUUUUUGGAACCGAAGGUUUUUUGCGCGAAAAUUGAAUGUUCAAAUUUGGAAAAAAAAACUGUGCCAGGCUUGCAGAAAAGGGGCGGAGCUUCAAAUUUCACACAAAUUUUUGUAAUCAUCGAAAAACUGUGCCCUGAAAUUGCAAUUUUUUUGGAACAGAAGGUUUUUUGCGCGAAAUUUGAAAAUUCAAAAAAUUUAGCUCCUCUUGCAACUUUAAAAAACACUGUGCCAGGCUUGCAGAAAAUGGGCGGAGCUUAGAAUUUUCAAAUUUACCUCCAAAACCCACUAAUUUUCUCAUUUUCUUUCAAAAAACUGUGCCAGGCUUGCAGAAAAGGGGCGGAGCUUAGAAUUUUCAAAUUUACCCCCAAAGCCCACUAAUUUUCCCAUUUUCCUUCAAAAAAACUGCGCCAGGAUUGCAGAAAAAAGGGGGCGGAGCUUAGAAUUUUCAAAUUUACCCCUAAAACCCACUAAUUUUCCCAUUUUCCUUCAAAAAAACUGUGCCAGGCUUGCAGAAAAGGGGCGGAGCUUAAUUUUCCACUAAAAAUCCCCCAAAAUUUUUUUUUACAGAUCGAAGUUCCACCUUCCUCCAAUCUAACUCCCCCAACAUCUGAGAUUUCCGUCGAAAUUCUCCCCGAAAAUCUCGAAGAGGAAAUCAAAGGCGAACCGCUGCCAAUGCCACCAAAUGAGCCGGAUUUUCAGCAAAAAUUGGCUGAAAUUCGUCUGAAAUUUGGCGAAAUCGCGGCGUUUUUGCGAAAUUUUAAUUGGGUGGAAAAUGCUGAUGAUUUGAAAUCGAUUUGGAACAUUUUCGCGUUCGUUUUUGUCGGAUUCUGCACACUUUUCACAUUUUUGGCCGUGAUUCGGGCCAUUUUUUGGCCUACUGAAGUUCCGGAUGAGGGAUGGUUUUGCAGGUAUGUUAUGUGGCGAAAAUUGGGGAUUUUUUGACACCAAACAAGACUGUAGUUUUGAGCUAAGGCCCUCUAAAGCCCUUUUAGGGUUCUUAAAGCCCUUUGAAGUCCCUGAAGCCCUUUAAGGUCUCUAAAGCCUUCCAGAAGCCUUUAAAAGCCCUCUAAAGCCUUUAGAAAUUUUCUAAAGCCCUUUAAGGUCUCUAAAGCCUUCCAGAAGCCUUUAAAAGCCCUCUAAAGCCCUUAAGAGGUCUCUAAAGCCUUUAGAACCCUUUGAAAGCCUUUAGAAACUCUCUAAAGCCCUUUAAGGUCCCCAAAGCCUUUCAAAAGCCUUUAAAAGCCCUCUAAAGCCUUUAGAACCCUUUGAAAGCCCUUUAAGGUCUCUAAAGCCUUUAAAAGCCCUCUAAAGCUUUCAGAACCCUUUGAAAUCCUUUAGAAACCUUCUAAAGCCCUUUAAGGUCUCUAAAGCCUUCCAGAAGCCUUUAAAAGCCCUCUAAAGCCCUUAAGAGGUCUCUAAAGCCUUCAGAACCCUUUGAAAGCCUUUAGAAACGCUCUAAAGCCUUCCAGAAGCCUUUAAAAGCCCUCUAAAGCCUUUAAAAACCCUCUAAAGACUUCCAGAAGCCUUUAAAAGCCUUUAGAAACGUUCUAAAGCCCUUUAAAGACACGUAGAAAACUAGAAAUCGUUCAAAAAUCCUUAUUUGCAUGUUUUUUAUCAUCCUUCAAAUAGUGGAAGUACAUAAACAAAAUUGAAAAAUAUUGAGUUUAACGAAAGUCAAAAAAAGAAAUUGCCUUUUUUGAAAUCGCUCAGCCGACGCAAAAUUUGGUGUUUGCACAAAUGUUCGUGAUUUGCCGCACAUGUGUGCAUUCUUAGCAUACCGUACCACCACUUUUUAUUUAUUUAUUUCUUUUUUUCAAACGAACAACACACAACUUUGAAAAAAGGCGCGUGUUCAAAUUUUUACGAUUUCGAACACACAUUUCUAGUUUUCUACGUGUCUUUAAGGUCUCUAAAGCCUUCCAGAGGCCUUUAAAAGCCCUCUAAAGCCUUUAGAAACUCUCUAAAGCUCUUUAAGGUCUCUAAAGCCUUCCAGAAGCCUUUAAAAGCCCUCUAAAGACUUCCAGAAGCCUUUAAAAGCCUUUAGGAACGCUCUAAAGCCCUUUAAGGUCUCUAAAGCCUUCCAGAAGCCUUUAGAAACUCUCUAAAGCUCUUUAAGGUCCCCAAAGCCCUCUAAAGCCUUCAGAACCCUUUAGAAACCUUAAAAAUCACCUUUUCCCUCCUUCCAGAUAUUUCGCCGGACCAUUUUCUCCACUUUUCAACGCACUUUGCCACCAAACAGAUCCCGUAUUUUUCGCGCAUCGAAUUCCAUUUGAAAUGUCAAUUUUGGCUGAUCAAAUCGGACACGGUAUAUCCCAGUUUUUCGCCACUUUAGCCUCCGGAUUCUCCGUUUUUGGCACACUUUUCUCAGCGAUUUGGAUUGGUAUUACUGAUAAUGUGAGUUAGCCGAACUUCUUUUCCCAAUAUUGAUAUUUGUAAAAUAAUUGCAGCUUUCUUUCGGAUGCCAUGAAUUGGGCGAAAAUCUCGGCGAAAAUGUUUCAUAUCUAAUUCGCUUCAUUGCUCAGAUUAUUCAUCUCGUCUUCAAUUUGAUAUUCUCCACAAUCGCUAAUUUUGCAGAUUUAAUUGCGCAGGUCGCAAAUUCUAUUCAUGAUUAUUUUCAACCUCCUGAGUCAUCUUUUUGGUAA